CCAUUCGUCCGGAAGAUUGGUUUGUAACCAUCGACCUCUCCGAUGCAUAUUUCCACAUAGCCAUUUACCCCCCACACAAAGUUUCUCAGGUUUGCUGAGAGACUAAUGACAGUCCUGUUCGGGCUGUCAUUAGCCCCGAGGGUGUUCAGCAGGUGUGUGGAGGCGGCGCUGUCUCCUCUGAGAUCGAGCGGCAUCAGAGUUUUUGCGUACAUAGACGAUUACCUCAUUUGCUCUCGAUCGAGAGAUCAGGCAAUCAGCGACUCUCGGGUGGUGUUAACCCACCUCAUCAACCUGGGGUUCAGAAUAAACCAGACGAAGAGUCGCUUAAUUCCYGUGCAAUGCACGGAGUAUUUGGGUCUCAAAAUAAACUCCCUCUCCUACCGCGUUACRUUAUCAGAGGGGAGAACCCUGUCAUUCGCUCAGUGCAUGGCGCAUUUCCGGCUGGGGAAAGUCGUUCCAUUCAGACUUUGCCUACGGCUCCUCGGCCUCAUGGCGUCAGUGAUUUCCGUUGUCCAUCUGGGACUGUUACGGAUGAGGGAUUUUCAGCGGUGGGUCGCUUCACUACGUCUAUGUCCCCGCCGUCAUCUUUACCGCAGGGUGAGAAUAACACCUGCGUGCGUGGCGGCUCUCCGACCAUUGGGAGACCUAGCGAUCUUCGCAGUGGGCGUGCCCCUGGGUGCAGUAUCGUCCAGGGUUACUCUGACUACGUCUAUGACGGGCUGGGGUGCAACUAUGAUGGGCAGAGCUGUGAACGGUGUAUGGUCGGAAAGAAUGGCACGGCUCCACAUCAACAUGCUGGAACUACGCGCCGUAUUCCUAGCUUUGAAGCAUUUCAUGCCUUUGAUGGUUGGCCGCCACGUCUUGGUAAAGACGGACAACUCCACAGUGGUGACGUACAUCAAUCGUCAGGGCGGGACCCGAUCCAUUCAGCUWCACAGAUUGGCCAGGGAAAUAAUUAUGUGGAGCAGCACCAGAUUUCURUCGGUUCGUGCAACGCAUGUACCAGGAAUUCUGAACAGAGGGGCCGAUCUGUUAUCCAGAGGCAGCCCCCUUUACGGAGAGUGGAAGCUGCACCCUCAAGUGGUGGAGCAGAUCUGGCAGAGAUACGGACGGGAUGCCGUAGAUCUCUUCACCUCAUGGGAAAACGCUCAUURUCCACUGUUCUUCUCCCUGUCGAACCGAGACGCACCUCUGGGCAUGGACGCGCUGGCUCACUCAUGGCCGAAUGUGUUGCUCUAUGCGUUCCCACCUCUGAGCCUGAUAUUCCCAACUCUAGUCAGAGUGAGGGAACAGGGCCUGUCCUUAAUUCUGGUGGCCCCAUGGUGGCCAUCGAAGCCCUGGGUGGCAGAAAUAAUCCAAGUUCUGUCAGCACAACCAUGGCCCCUUCCCAUUCGCAGGGACCUUCUGUCUCAAGCUCAAGGGGAGAUUUAUCAUCCACAUCCAGAUCGUCUGGCUCYCUGGGCCUGGCCCGUGAAAGGUGGAACCUAAAUGCAACAGGUCUCCCCCCAGAGGUCAUCGACACCAUCCAGAAUUCAAGGGCUCCAUCAACUCGUUUGCUUUACAGUGGUAAAUGGCGAGUUUUUGAGGAGUGGUGUGUGGAGAGACAGGCUAUUCCUUUUCAGUGUUCUGUGGUGGAGGUCCUCUGCUUUCUACAGAGCUUGUURGAAAAGGGCAAGGCCUUUUCAACUAUUAAGGUUUAUUUAGCUGCAAUCUCAGCUUGUCAUGUGGGUUUUGGUGAUAAACCUGUGGGGCAGCACCCUUUGRUGUGCCGUUUCAUGAGGGGGGCGCGGCGUAAGCUGCCCACCUCUAGGCUUUUCAUGCCAUUAUGGGACCUCCCUCUGGUACUGGAGGCCCUUUGCCAUCAUCCCUUUGAACCUUUGGAGGGUAUUGGUAUGAAAUUGCUUACAUUGAAAACUGCACUGCUCUUAGCUUUAACUACUGCUAAGAAAGUAGGUGAAUUACACGCACUGUCAGUCCUACUUGCCUACAGUGGGCACCAAGGCUUUCUAAAGUGUGCUUGAGACCCAAUCCUGCUUUUGUGCCCAAGGUGAUGGAAACAUCAUACAGGUGUUCAAUGGUGGAACUGCUGGCAUUCCAUCCACCUCCUUUCUCUUCAGCAGAAGAAAAUAGGCUUAAUUGCUUAUGUCCAGUGAUAACUUUGAGGCCUUAUGUUGACAGGACAGCUGACUUUAGAAGAGCUGAUCACCUGUUUGUGUCUUGGGCCACUUCUCAUAAGGGCAAACCUAUCUCUCGCCAAAGGUUAGCACACUGGAUUGUGGAGACUAUAUCUCUGGCAUAUAGAUGCUCAGGGUCAAAGCCACCUGAAGGGGUGAGGGCCCAUUCUACCAGGAGCAUGGCCACCUCUUGGGCUCUGUUGCGGGGUGUAUCUGUCCAAGACAUCUGUGCUGCAGCCAGUUGGGCUACACCACACACGUUUGUGAGGUUUUACAGGCUGGAUGUGGCCCAAUCAUCAUUGGUGCACACAGUGCUUGGGAUUGGCUCUUCAGGCUGCACCUGAGUCCUGAAUAUUAAUUGCURCCAAGCAUUGCUUCGGGGUCAGCAUGCAAUUCGGGAGUUGGCCAUAUCUCCCAUAGUGAAACACCGAGCGAAGUUAGAAAAAGAACGUUGGGUUACUUAACGUAAUCCCUGGUUCUUUGAUAACAGAGUGAGGUGUUUCACCAACACAUCCCUUCUUGCAUGGGCACGGAAAGAAACCUGCUUAGAAUGAGUUGAGAGGGGUAGGUUGGCCGUGAUAUUGGAUGGUGGGUGGAGCCACAGUCACGGCUCAACCUGUCUGUCGCAGACAGACGUGAUGUCAUUGGAGCUUCCGUAGUUGGGUCACGCUGAGGCGAUUCCCAUAGUGAAACACCUCACUCUGUUAUCAAAGAACCAGGGAUUACAUUAAGUAACCCAACGUUUGGCGUGUUAAUGUCAUUUCGAAACAGUUCCUGUAUUGGUCACGUAACUUCCUGAAACCAAUACGCGCACCGACACGAGUUUUGGUCUGUGGGUUUGACACAUGCGCCGACGCAUCGGUGUUGCCGGACCCAUUACUACUAAACAUGCAUAGAUGGACACUGCAACAUAAUGCUAACACAAACAAUUCCGGGAUAGUAAGUAAAGCAAAUUACAAUGUUUAAAUUAAUCAUUAUAACCAAAUAUAGAAAGUGAAUCAGAAAUGAGAAUAAGGGACAAGUGGUGAACACAAACUGAACCACUUUGUCACAAACAUGCAUCCAUUUUCCCAUUAACUCCAACCAACUUCUGUCCCUGCUCAAUUCUUAUGGCAUACUUUUCAGAAAUUUAUUUUUAAACUCAUUUUUAGUUGUUUCAUUUGUUGUCCUCUUUUCAAUUAUGAGCAACUUGAUGUAAAAUCCCCACAAAAUAAAUUUGUUCAAAAUGGUAUAAAAUACCUUUUAAAGAAAUUAUAGCUUGUCUGACAGCACCUAGACUGGUGCUGUCAGAUAAAUGUCACCUUGGACUCAAACUGACAUUUGUGUAGCAGCAAACCAAAUAUGAAACAAGCAGUUCAUAUUACAUUUUGUCUGUCAUCAAAAUCAUUAAACAUACUGUACAUCAAAUAUGUUGAUCAAUGUUCCAAUUAAUCAAAUGCAACUGUAAACGGGUGGGGUUUUAGCCUUGAUUCAAAAAAACUCAGUGUUUCAGCUGUUUUGCAGUUUUCUGGAAGUUUG